UUUUCAAAAUAUUCAAAAUGUAAAAAUGUGAAAAUGCAAAAAUCCAUAAUGCAUAAUCCCAAAAAAAUAAAAGUAAUAUUGCAGUUUCUACAAAUGUAAUCAAGGUCAAAUAGAGGACACACAACGAUAGCGAUCGCAGGUAGCAAAAGCGUGUGUUGUUGCUUUAAGCCAAAAACAGCCGCGAAAAUGUCCCGAACCCGAGAAUUCGCGAAAAUUCAGCGACUAUCUCUCUCUCAACUACCUGCUAUCGAGCUAAGUCUGAGACUAUAUAAGAGGCAGACUACAGAAGUGGCAGGCAACAGUCGCAAGGACAACAGCAAACCGAGCAGAUCGACGCGUGAAAGUGAAGAAGAAGAAGUUUUCGUUGAAAGAAACGUGUUCUAAAUUGUAAUAACGAAAUAUAAUAUUCUAAGAUGGGUUGUUGUGCGAGCAACUUAAAGAUGGAUAUGCAGCGCAGCCUGGACGGCAGCAUUUAUGCCUCGAAGCGCAGUCGCAGUGGCAGCAACAGCAGCAACGGAAGUGGCAGCGCCAGCGUAGCAAGUGGCAGCCCCAAUGGCAGCAACAGCAGCGGAUUGGGCAGCGCCUGCAGCACACCGCAACGCAGCAGCAAUCGCAGUAUUUGGAGUCGCAGUGCUAAUCAAACGCGUCCCAUUCCCAUUUGCGAUGAUUUCGCCGAGCAACCAACUCAAGUUCUUGAUCGCUCCUAUGGCUAUCACACUUGCAGCACAAGCACGAGCAGCAGCAGCAGUGCGUGCUCUACUCCCAGCAAGCGGCAGCUGCGUUGCACACAAGAGAUGGACAACUACAACAGUCCGAACAAUAGUUGUGAGGACGAGGAGGAGGAGGAGGAAGCAGAAGUGCCUGCUGUGGGCAAUCUGGAGUGGGAGAUGCAUAUGAUGCAGCAGGCACAGCCGAUCAUGUGCAAGACAUCGUCACCGCUUUGCCAGCGUCGUCUACAGUCUCCGCCAGUCGGUGGCAGUCGACAACAACAACUGCAACAUGAUCCCAACUCGCGUUCGUACCACAAGUGGCGCAACUAUUUGCAGUGCACACCGGUUCACAUGCUCCACAAUGUGAGUCACAUUCCCGAGGCAAUUGCGGGUCAGUUUUGUCCCAUCGAUUUUCCCGCCUUCAGCGAUUUGGAGGAGAUGGAAAGUGCCGCCAAGCGUUACAAGGUCGACAGGGGACAUCAUCAGGAUCAGCAUGAAAGCAGAGACUAUCAACAGCUUCGCAUGCAACAGCAGUUGACACACACGAUUAGCACAGAUCUGUGAAGAGCUCUUCACAAAGCUGAGAGCUGAGAGCAAAGCACUCAAAACUCGACGACUUCGCUUGGCCUGAAGACGUUUGUGAAGUUUUGUGCUGCCAAACUACGCUGGCAACAGGUGUGUCAGGCAGUCAAUCAAUCAAUCAGCCAGUCAAUCGGUCGCUCAAUCAUUGUACAUAGUCAACAGAGAACAACUUCUGCUGUUCAGCAAAAUUGCCAAGCAACAAUCAAAAACAACAACAAUUCAUUCCUUUCGUAUU